CUGUCUGUCCCGUUUAAAACGACCCUGUUCCCCAAACGCUGCUACUUAGCAACACGCUGAUCCAGAGUCCAACAGAUGCUCCUCUCUGAAAACAUGAUGCAGGUAACUUUAUUGUCACCUUUGCUUCUUCUCGUGGCCUCGGUCCACGGCAGCCCUGAGUUUCACCUGCCCAUCGACUGUGACGACAUCUAUCAGCAUAACAACACCACCCCCAGUGGGGUGUUCACCAUCUACCCAGGAGGUCCCAACUCUCCCCUGCAGGUCUACUGUGACAUGGAGACCGAUGGAGGCAGAUGGACUGUAUUUCUCAAGAGGGUGGAUGGAACUGAAAGCUUCUACAGGCCCUGGAAGUCCUACAGAUCUGGAUUUGGGAACGUGGCUGGAGAAUAUUGGCUCGGCCUGGAAAACAUCUUCCUACUAACUAUUAGGAAGAAGAACGAGCUGAGGGUGGACAUGGAGGACUGGGAGGGAGGAAAGGCCUUCGCCCAGUACUCCUCUUUCUCCAUCAGUCCAGAGUACCUCAACUAUCAGCUUUUGCUGGGCAGCUUCACGGGAGGAGACGCAGGAGACAGUUUGUCAUAUCACAACUCCAUGAAGUUCACCACCUUUGACAAAGACCUGGACAUGUCUGGGAACAACUGUGCACGGCAUUAUCUCGGAGGGUUCUGGUACAACAAUUGCCACCUGGCCAACCCCACCGGCAUAUACGCACCUCAUGGUUCCGACAGCAAGCCAGAAAACAGCAGACACGUUGCCUGGAAAACGUGGAAGGGUUUCAGCUAUUCACUCAAAACUGUCGAAAUGAAGAUAAGAUCUGUCAAGAAGUGUUCCUACACACAGUAAUCUGGUGAUAUGGGGAUUGUUUGAACCCCCAGUAUGUGGGAGAACUGCAUCUCUCUGUUCAUGUAACUGAAUUUAAUUAGCAGCAAUGUCUAGAAAAAUGUAGCAGACAAAUAAAGGCAUCACCACAUA